UUGAGCUGUGUGGCCUCUUACUGUGAGGAACACCUUCAGCCUCAUUAUGAUGUGGCUUCGUUUAAGAAACACAAGCUGGUGGAGCCCUCCAAGAAGCUCCACGAGAACAUCUGCUCUGUCCACGAUGAGGUGAAGAAGCUGUUCUGCCGCACUGAUCAGAAGUCCAUCUGUUAUCUCUGCUCUGUGGAUGAGCAUAAAGGCCACCUCACUGUGUCAGCGGCAGCAGAAAGGACUGAAAGGCAGAGAAAGCUGGAGGGGAGGCGGCAACAAAUCCAGCAGAGAAUCCAUGACAAAAAGCAAGAUGUGGAUCUGCUCCAGCAGGAGGUGGAGGCCAUCGAUCAGUCUGCUGACAAAACACUGGAGGACAGUGAGAAGAUGUUCACUCAGCUGAUCCGUCUCAUCCAGAACAGACGCUCUGAUGUGGAGCAGCAGGUCAGAUCCCAGCAGCAAACUGCAGUGAGGGGAGUCAAAGAGCUUCAGCAGAAGCUGGAGCAGGAGAUCAUUGAGCUGCAGAGGAAAGACGCUGAGCUGCAGCAGCUCUCACACACAGAGGACCACAUCCAGUUUCUGACCAGUCGUGUUACGGUGGAGGUGGAGGCCAUCGAUCAGUCUGCUGACAAAACAGUGGAGGACAGUGAGAAGAUGUUUGCUGAGCUGUUCCGUCUCAUCCUGAAAAAACGCUCUGAUGUGGAGCAGCAGGUCAGAUCCCAGCAGCAAACUGCAGUGAGGGGAGUCAAAGAGCUUCAGCAGGAGCUGCAGCAGGAGAUCACUGAGCUGCAGAGGAAAGACGCUGAGCUGCAGCAGCUCUCACACACAGAGGACCACAUCCAGAUUUCUGUCAGUGACUUUUGCUGGGGCUUCUGA